CAGCCGCGUCGGCCGAUUCUAACCCAAAUCAAUCAUCUCCAUAGCGAAACACAACCCGUCUCCCUGCCCUCUCCCAUCCCCAGUCGGCCAAUCCCCGAAUCCCUAACCCUAUCCCCAUCGCCGCCGCCACGAUGCUCAGCUCGCCAGGCCACUCCCCCCGCCACCUCUCGCCGUCGCCAUCCCCCGCCCCUUGCACCCCUCGACCGGCGUCCCCGACCUCUUCUUCCGCCUCCGCCCUCGCCACCGCCGUCACCUCCUCGAAGCGCCGGCGCCCGGAGGUGCUCGACGAGGACACCUACGUUGCCACCAUCGAGCGCAUCAUCGAGCGUGACUUCUUCCCCGACCUCCCCCGCCUCCGCGACCGCCUCGACUGGCUCCAGGCCGUGCGCUCCCGCGACCCACUCAUCCUCCGCGACGCCCAGCUCAAGAUCCUCGACCGCCGCCGCCGUCUCCAGGGCCAGGGACCCGUCCCUACCCCUACGCCGGCCACCUCCACGGCGCUCCGUUCCCCGUCCUUCCUCACGACCCCCUCCGCCGCCCCCUCCGCCGCCGGCGAGGGCGCCGAGGAGGAGGACGUGGCGGCCGCGCUCUCCCUCGAUGGCUUCUUCCGCCGCUUCACCAGCGAGGACAACGAGUCCUUCUCGCGCAUCCUCGAAAAGGUCAACCACCGCCGCCGUGAGCGCUACGCCCACCUCCUGGAGCCUGCCGAGGCCAAGAACACACCGCUGUUAGAGGACGCCAAGCGCGACAGGAUAACUGACGGGUAUGGUACAUCAGGGCAGCCGCCGAGUACAUUGGAGGGUGCCAAGUUCACGGCGAAGAACCUGCUCAUGUAUUACCCGGCUGACCGUGGGGAGGCGCCGCUCACUGAGGAGGAGCGUGCUGAGCGGCUCAAUGGUAUGACCAAGGAGAUUGACAGGUCAAACACCAGGUUGCAUGGGAGGGCUACGGCUGAUGAUGCAAGGCCCAAUGAGGAGGCGGCGGCCAUACUGUAUGCACUGGUUGCAGGCUCCACUCCAGGAGGGAUGGCUUACCAUGAUCCCGACAAAGCUAGGAAGUAUGAUUUGGAGGAUCUGAGGAAGACACCGAACCCAUUCUAUCUUGAGUCAGACAAAAAGGCGGAGAAUGGUUAUAAUUUUGUGAGGACGCCAUCGCCGGCACCUGGUGUGGAUGAGUCGCCAUUCAUGACAUGGGGUGAGAUUGAGGGAACACCGCUGAGGUUGGACCCUGAGAAUACACCCGGUGGUUCUGGAAGCAGUGAGGCGGCGCAUUUCAAGAUCCCACCUCCACCUGCUCGGGAUGUGAAGGCGCACCUGCUUUCAAGGGAUGCUGCAAGGAAGAUAAAGGAGCGGUCUAAAAUUUUCCACAAGCCACCAUUACCUUCCCCUGUUAGGGGAGGCAGUGCAAGCCCCAAAACCCUCUCGCCAGCAGCACAGAAGUUUGUGAGGAAUGCCAUCUCAAAGUCAGCAAAGUCCUCAAACACCAUUGAUGAGUCGCUCCGGGCAAGCUACAGAGGUUCAAGCCCAUCUGCAAGCACUCCGAAGACAAGGUUUUCAAGAGACCCAGGCUUAGGAUCACGGUCUCCAUCAACGAGGCAGGGUUCCACCCCUCCCUGGUGAUUUUUAAUAGACCUCUCAAUGUUAUUUCAUAAAAUGUAUAAUUUUUUUGUAUUGUAACAAAUUGUAUAAUGAAAAGAAUGGAAGUGACUCGUAUUUAUCUUGAA